AUGAGUUGUGGACAGACCAGCAUGAACCAGUGUCCAGAAACAAGAUGCACAUCCUGGCCAGUGACCACCAACUGGACUGUGCGGGAUGUUGGCCGAUAUGUCCAUGACCUUGGCUACACAAAGUACUUCCGGUGUUUUACAGAGAACGCCAUCACGGGGAAGGAUCUGGAGACGAUGGACGCUUUUGAUUUACAAAGAGAAUCUGGCGGGAACUUGCGUCUGCCUCCACUAGCUGACGUCAACAACUUGCGUCUGCCAUAUCGGGACCACGGUGACCGCAUCUACCGCUACAAGCUGCCCGUGCAGUCAUACCACGACCACUGUAUGGUACUGGGCCGCGUGGAUGUGUGGAAGAUGUAUAAUUCCAAAUUUUAA